CAGUAGUGUUGCGUCGCUGCUGAACUGCGCACGCGUGAACCGUAUCGCGACUCCCGCGCAGCGGUUACGAAUUAAACAUCGAAAAUCGAAUUUCGUAAUAAAAAUUUCUCGAUUACAGAAUCGAUUGCAAGUUUCUAUUGCAUUAUUUUGAGUUUCAGUUUUAUAAUAAAAAAGACGAAUUAUUAAUACGUGCGUUUAUAAUUUGUGAUUUUAUAUCCAUGAAAUAUUAGUGCAAAUAUAUUUUCAAAAUGUCGAACGUACCUCUAGUUCGCAAGGCUAUAGUGGGGGCUGCUUUGGCCCAUGCCACCCCUUCGAGUCACCCUAACCCUAUGACGUUAGAUGAGAGUCAAGAAAGCCAAUGGACGCCAGCGGCACUUGAAAGGGCCGGAUCCACUUUGAAAGCACUGAAUCGUAUGGCGAAACGACCACCGGUGCAUAUUGUGUUUGAAGAUGUCAGUUACACAGUUAGCUCACAUAAAGGUGAACGCAAGAUCCUCAAUAAUAUUUCUGGAGAGUUCCGUUCAGGAGAGCUGACAUGCAUUCUUGGACCCUCUGGCGCUGGCAAAUCCACAUUACUGAAUAUACUGGCUGGAUAUAAUUCAAAUGGCGUAAACGGCCGGAUAACAGUGAAUGGCCACAGCAGAGAUAUGAGGGUGUUCAAGAAGUUAAGCACGUAUAUAAUGCAGGAUGAUCUGCUGCAGCCGAGGCUCACGGUGCAGGAGGCGAUGGGAAUCGCUGCUAACCUGAAGCUGGGGAAGGAGUUGGGGAAAGCUGAGAAGGAACUUAUUGUUGAAGAAAUUCUUCGAACUCUCGGCCUCUGGGAUCACAGGAAUACGAUGACUGAAAGACUGUCUGGCGGUCAACUUAAACGGUUGUCUGUCGCUUUGGAACUUGUCAACAACCCACCUAUCAUAUUUUUGGAUGAACCUACUACUGGUCUGGACAUCGUUUCCAUUCGUCAGCUGGUCGUCCUCCUCCGUCUCCUGUCUCGUCAGGGGAGAACCAUCAUAUGCACCGUGCAUCAACCUUCAGCGUCACUUUUCACGUUGUUCGACAAAAUAUUUGUACUGGCUAGAGGAAUGUGCUGCUAUCAGGGUGCGCCUCAACUCCUGGUGCCAUACAUGUCCGAAGCCGGCUACAUAUGCCCCAAGACCCACAACCCUGCAGACUUCGUGUUGGAAACCCUCGUCAGUGAUGUAGAGGCAGCAGCUCCGUUGUCAGAACUGUGUCAGAAUGGCAAGCUGUGCAGAAGACUGGAUAGAAUGACUACUAGAGGUGGAAGAAAGCCAGUCCUCCAUUCAGACGAGUCAAUACAGAGGAUAUUCACGGAACACGUAGCGAAAGACCAGUCGUAUAAAGUGGAGUUUCCCACAACAUUCUGGACACAAUUCACUAUUCUAAGUAACCGAAUGUUCAUGCAGAAUCUCAGAAAUACGUCGUCACAUUGGAUCCAAUUUGCUCAUCAUACGAUAUCAGCGAUACUUCUUGGCAGUAUAUUCUUCAAUGUAGGCAACAACGCUGCGAUACCUGUCGUCAACUUCAAGUUCUGUAUCAGUUGCCUCGUUUUCUUCAUGUAUACUUAUACCAUGAUACCGGUGCUGUUGUUUCCAUUCCAAGUGCGUUUACUUCGGAGAGAAUAUUUCAACCGAUGGUAUAGCUUGAAAGCCUUUUACGCUGCUUUAACGCUUUCUAGCAUUCCUAGUAUGUUCAUCCUCGGAGCGAUAUUCAUGGUUAUUACUUAUCUAAUGUCUGGUCAAAUGUUGGAAUGGGAUCGCUUCCUACUGUUCUCGCUCAGCGGAAUGCUGACAGCUAUUUGUUCUGAAGGAUUAGGAUUAGCUGUUGGUUCUGCUUUUAGUGUUACUAACGGUUCUAUAGUCGCCCCAGCAGCAGCAGCACCUCUCCUCGCCCUGUCUUGCUAUGGCAUGGGUUUUGGUCCCUACAUCGAAGGGUCCAUGAGAGCUCUCAUGUCAGCCUCAUUCCUUCGCUACGGAGUCACUGGUUUCUCACUAGCUCUCUACAAGAACCGAAAACUGAUGGAGUGCAAAGAAGAUUUCUGCCUAUACUCAGAUCCUACAAUGAUAUUAAGAGAUUUGGGAAUGGAAAGCGAUAAUUUUGGUGUUCAAGUCGCGGGUCUUCUAGCCUUUACUUUAAUUCAUAGGGUUCUAGCGUAUUUGGCUUUAAGGUAUCGCCUAACAGCCGAAUUUUCAAAUAAGUUCAUGUGUUAUGUAAGUAAGUUCUUGAAGCAUAGAUAAGGUUUUGUUAGUAUUGUAGUAAUUUAGAUUUUUAUAGCAAAAUUGCGGACUAUGAAAUUAUUUAUGUUGAUUUUUUAGGUGUUUUGAAAGCUACGAUAUCUUGCCAUUAUUUAGAAAAAGCGAAGCCUCUCUUGAAAUUGGUUACUAAUCCUUACUAUUAGGUUCGAAGAUACGCAUCAGGCAGCGUUUAGUUAUAAUUUGAAGACUACUUUUGGCUACUUAAUUACAUACUCCUUUUAUUAACUGUAGUACAAUUACCGUAGAAGUUGCUAGAACUUGAGGUUUAACCUCGAAGAAGUGGUUAGCUCAAAGAAAGACUAAAGAUUUUCCACUAUAUAGGUUAUUGAACUGAGAACGUUAGGUGUACGGUGACUUAUAAUUUUAGUAUUUUUAUCGUAUAAGAUACAGUAUUUUGUAGAUAGGCAGAAGUGCAAUGCUGUAUUCUGAUCGUUAUAUACAUUAUCUGAUAGGGCAUCCUGAUAUCAUUAUUAUCAUCAUUAUGAAUAAUCUAUCAUUAUAUGAAUAUUGUUGAUAUCUGUGAUAGUUUAAAAUAACUUUCAUAAUACUAAUGGUUAUUUUUAUGAACAUUUUUAAAAGAUCUUGCCAAAUGCUUGCCGAUGAAUUUUACACUUCCAAGGUUUUGGGUCCCAUUGUUACUAAGCGGUAAAAAUGUCUCCUUUGAAGACAAUUCAUGACAUAUUUAAUGUUUACUUUUUGACGUUCGAAUCCUUUUAACAUGUUUCAAGUCUAUAAAACUUCGAUGAAAGUAGGUCAAAGUAGGUACAUAGUUACUGAAAAAUUUAAAAGGCAGCGUUACUUACCAUACUAUUGCAUGGCAAGCUAAUUAAAUUAUUGUAAAUAUAUUCAACAAUCAUAAUUUUAGAUAGAAUG